UGACUGAGUGCUUUCCCAAAAGUUUUUCUUUUUUUAAAACGAAACAAGCCUCCCAUCAUGGCUAGUCAGCAACCGCCGUACCCUUCACCAAUGCAGCAGCAACCAUUACCACCGCCUACCCAACAACAACAGCAACCACAGGCUAGACCUCUGCCAAUGGGUGAUGGCAAGAUGACUCCAGCUCCAGCUGGUUAUCGACCUCCUGCACCACCAGGAGCAGCCGGAGGUUACCCGGGAAUGCCUUAUCGCGCUGCUUCUUCAGGCACACCGCCACCUCCCGGUUCACCCAUGAUGCGUCCUCCGGGAUUCCGACCACCAAUGCAACAACAACAACAACAACAACAACAACCAUACCAAC